AAACACGGCUAAGAAAGUAAACAGAGAAAAUAAGCCGAUAUUCUCUAUUUUAAUAUAAUAUCCUCUUCACCAGCCAUUAACAUCGCAGCAUGUGUAAGUGGAUAAGUGUCCUUGUUGCUUUGGUUCUGCUCUUGUUGCUGACCGAGUUUUCCUUAGCUCAUUCUGAACACCACUAUGACGGCCGAGCACAUAGCAGCCAUGAAGACCAUAUCGCUUUUCUCGGAGAAGAGCUCGCCAAGGAGUUUGAAAAACUUACGCCGAAGGAGUCUAGGAGACGGCUCAAGUAGGUAUUCUGUAACCCCGUUAUAAAGUUGAAGCAGAAAUUUAAUAGAUUUUAAAGCAAAGCCUACCCUAAAUGCAUUUUUAUGAAAAUCAAGGUAUUUAGGAAUUUGUUAGAAAUCUUACACUUGAAAUAUUACCCUGAAAAAACGGCUGUCUCACAAACACAAAAUGUGUUCAAAACUUACGACUGAUUCAUACGCUAUAUACAAUGCUGUUCAAAAAUAUGAAAUUAAACAAGUUUUGCCUGACUUGGUAAAGUUUAUUAACAACUAACUUUAUUUUCCGUUAUGAAACAGUGAUGAAAAUAAUCAGUUAUGAAUCAGUGUGCGUUAAAAGCCCUGGAUAUGAUAUUAAGUUAUGCACAUGUUUGUGUCCGUGGUCUACGAGUAAAUAUUACGUUUGCUCACACACAAACUGGUUUGCGUUUAAUGAGAAGCCUUUCGGCUAUUCUGGGACAUUUCUCUCGCAAUAUAAUUUAAUUCUGACUAUAAAUCAUUCUACUAAUCGUAAAAGCUCGCAUCCGCAGUCUCAAUUUUAACAAAUACCGCACACCCAACAGAAAUACCAUCAUGCGCGGAUUUCUUCGAAUCCAGAAUUAUGGCGUUAAAUUUAAAAAUUACCGUUGACUGCAAUAAAAAAAAUGCGCAAAGCCGAAAUUUUAACGAACUCUCCUAAAAUAAUUUAAACCGUGAAAAAACGUUCACGCUUGGCUAUAAUUAUACCAAAAUACCUCUCCUGCUCAUAAAACGACAGCUGCUCAAAUAUUGCAAAAAUUGAUACGUCUUUUGAAGCUCAUUCAAUAGGAAGCACACUAAGAUCUCGUUACCAGUCUGCUUACACCUCGAUCUAAAUAUCACCAGUUAUGGAAAUUAAAAGGUCGUGCGUUGAUUGGUUAUUAUUUGACAGGUAACACGAUAUAGAGCGAUAUUAUCACCGAAGACAAAAGUCAAUUGGAAAAACUCUAACCCUACCAUUAAAUGAGACAACUGGUAGUAAUGUACAAAAUUAGCGGUGCGAUUAUUACAGUCGAAGCACUCUCAAUGGAGAUCCUCGAUCGUAGGCGCACGACAGCUCCACUUACGGCUGCCCUAGACGAAAUCCCAUUUUAACUUUCUCCUUGCAAAAAUUAUUCCUGUAAAUAGCCAGCUCGAAUACGGACGCUUGUUCUGCCUUGCGAGGGUCUCUGCUAAAGAGCGCUUCGACUGUACAAGGUAAAGUUGAAUGCUAUUAGCUGCUUUUUUUUUUCAUCAACAAAAUAAUGUCUUUUAAUGCCAGUACCUAUUAAAAAUAACUCAAAAGAAGAAGAAACCUGUAAAAGUGUACGGGACCUAAUGGCAAGCAUUCCAUACAGCGUGUACAGUCCAAAGCAAAUUUUAUUAUGCCUUUAGAUCGUUUUUACUGUCACGCAACAAAAAAAUAAAUUGGAAACCGUCGAGUGGAAGAAAGGCAAGAAAAUGAAAUAUUACUAGAAAUUCUCAUUGAGAAGGGAAGUGCUGCCGUUAGUUGCAAUGCGAAUAGGACAAAGACAGUUUAUAGAACAGUUGAACAAAUGAAUUCUUUUUUAUUGAAGUCAAUAAGUUAGACUUGUUGGCGUUAUCAAACACUCAGAGCGUAAUAUAAAAAAUGAACCGAUCACGAUAACAAAUAUGCUUACAUUCAUAUAACUCGCUAAGGUUUCAGUGCCAUUUUGUAAUUCAUUUUAAUAAUUCACGAAAUACUAAAACAACAGCAGGGCUCUAUAGGCUAUUUCUACAUCGAACAAUCAUCGUACACAGGAUGAGAUGAGUUGCGAACAAAUAACGUAUAGUCCAAAACUUGUUUAUUCACAGGUCAGGUAGAUGUACAGCACAUGCCGUUCACUUAUGUAACUUACAAUUCUGAUUCCCGAGCUAACAAUCUGUGUGACAAAAGAAUACUCGCUGUAACUAAUCUGAAACCUAGAAUAAAAAAAAAAAGCGAAAAAAUAUUCCGUACAAUACUUCUUGAACUGUUCUUACCGUUUAGGCCGUUUAAAAAGACAGCAAACAUCCGAUAAACUACGAUUUCUGCACAGAUCUUACAUGAGAGCAAAAUAAAAUGGCGGGUUCCUCCUAAGAGAAAAACAGGCGCGGCAGCUAAGCACUUGCUUCAGCAAACCGCUGACUGCAAAGCGCUGCAGUCACAGAUUGACGAUCUCAAAUCGCUCAAGAAUAUGGUCUGCUGCCGGCUGAUGCCCGGCAGCAAUCAAAGACUAAUUUUUAAACAAUUUGUCCAAGUCUCAGGUCUUUGUGGCCCACAGUUUCUGAGUUAUUUGUCGAAACGUUUCACUCACCUUUGUAGAGCUUUGUAUGGAGACGCCAUAUUGGUGCACAAUUUUGGUGCACCAAUAUGGCCGCCGAAAAUCAACAAAGACAUCUGGAGUACAGGUUUUCUAUAAAAGCUCCUUCUUUUCACUCGAGAACUAGCAUAUGUGCGCGUAAAAAUAUCUUCUAAUACUUGAAAUGGUUAUGCUGCUGAAAAUCAAGAGGACGAAAUGAAACAUGCUACUGGAAAGAAAACUUGUACAAAGAUUUACUUUUUGUUUAUCUUCAACCUAGUGUAAAUAAGAAUUUGUAAAAUCUCGUAUUUUGACGUUACAAUUUGAUGACGUCACUGUUAAAGCCAUCUAUACCUCUUAGUUUGUUGCAAUUUCGCUUAAAUUAAACAGGCGUAAUCUUCAAGUUACCAUGUGACUCUUUUAGAAAUAAUGUGCCGGGUUCGCUCUAAAAUUACACAACAUUGACAACAACGUCAGAGUGGCAACGAGCAAAUAAACUUUGAAAGACAGGGAAUGAUCCAAUAUAACCAUGUCUUGGUCAUUUGGAAGUCCUAUUACCGCAUUAAAAACUGGUCAGCGGUAGCUACCUAAAGUUUACAGGAAUCGACGGAGAAUAGAUAAGUUCUGUAAAUUGGGAAAUGAAAACGUCACUUCUAGUGUUGGCAAAAGAAGCCGAAAAAGCCAAUUCUUGCGGAACCAAAAAAAGUACUAGCUAAUCUUUGGGUGGCCUUAAGAGAUCUUGUAGUUGCUGUCUCCUCUGUUUUUUAGCAAAAAAAAAUUUCACGAAAACUGAUCAUGUAUUAAAUGCCUAAGUUUAUUAUUCAUCAUAAAAACGGCUUGCAAUGCAGUCUGUUAGUGUGCUGAGGAUUUAUUGAACCCUGAAUCCUGAUCGCAUAUCAAAAAUCUUCGAUGAUAAGCAUCUUUUUUCAGCUUACUGCUACUUAUAAAAAUUCAUCAAAGUCAAAAAACCAUUUUUCCUCUAAUUUGGCCAAAAUGGGAGCACCCUGCGAGCAGAAUGGAAUUUCUUUCCGGCAUAGCUUUAAGCAUUUACCAAGUUGGCCUUCGUAAAUGCUUAAAGCCAUCCCAGAAAGAAACCUCUGCUCGUAGGGUAAAAUGAAAGUAUUCAGUAGUUUCUACUCAAAAUUUGCGUCUGGCAAGCAAUAUUUGCCGAGGAAGAAAAUUUUCUUUCGUCUUAGAGGAGAAACACUCUCUUCCCUGACAAUUAACUAAACUUAUUCAGUAUAGGGUUUCUAGAGCCUCAACCUUUUGUAUCAACAGAAUGUUGGUACCUCGGAUCGACAUCAACAAAGAUGGCUUCGUAGAGGAAGCCGAACUGGAGAUCUGGAUCCGACAUAAAAUGCAGAAGUGGACUGUGCACGAGGAUGUAGAUGCCAUAUUUAGAGAUAGAGACCUAAAUGGAGAUGACAAGAUCUCGUGGAAAGAGUACAUGACAAGAAGCUUUGGAUUCACAGAAGAAGGUCUGUGUUUACGACUUGUUAAUUUCAACAAUAAAGGCAAACGUUUAGGUUUAUCCACUUGAAUGUUUCACGUUCAGAUUAUGCUAAUUUUUCAUGCUCAUUAGAUGUCGCUAAUAAGGAGUUUAUGUAGCGAACGCUCAGAGCGGCGCACGUUAAAAGGAAGUGGACUUUUUCCGCUUAUGAGCCGUGAUUUUGAACAAAUUUUUGGGCAAAUCGUCUUUAUAAGAGUAAAAAAACUUAGCAAUGAAAAUUUGCUAGUGUCAAGACAUAUUAAAAGAGAAAACGACUUACAUCCGCUUGACGUGCGUCGCUCAAAAUGUUGCUGCUUAAACUCUCUAAUAUGCUCAAAUAGGAUCACUAUUAUGCUCCAAUAUAAUAAACAUAAAACUGCUAUUUUCAUGAUUUUCUUCGCUCACUAGUUACAAACCAUGUAGAAUGAAUUAUCUUAGUUAGGAGGUGUCUGACAACGUGGUAGAACUGGAACUAAUGCAAGCCAUGUUUUUCAGGCGUGGUCUUAAAAUGUUGACAUGUCUUCUUUGGUUGUGUCUCGUAUAGGCUUCUGCAUAUAGAAAUCCCAUACUUUUGGCAAAGUUUUUACAAAAGGCAACGAGUCAAAAAAAGGUUGGGCUGUUAAUCCAGAAUAAUGUUCGAUUCUUGUGCCUCACUAUUAAGCUCAAAAUCAUGCCGGCAUUUAUAUGAUCUUAUAUGCGGACAAGCCUCCACUAACGUUACUUAAAAAUUAUCAGCAGAAAGCCAAUAUGUAUUAAACUGGGGAAAGAAAACUACUAACAGCCGUAUAAGCAGAAAAUACUAUGAACCACCAAGUGUAUUAUCACAAAUUCUGCAGUCUAAUUGACUAACCAGUACUCGCUAUUAUUUGCGUGAAAGACAAUAAGUAGCGAGCAGGCGUUUUGAACAAAAGCAAUGACUACAUCUUCAACGAACCGUUCUCUUUUUGUGAGGAAAAAGUAGGCAAAGGAAGUACCGAUGCUAUCCAAGGAAAAAGUUAAACAACUGAAGCGACGCUUAGUUCUCUAGUUUAAGUUGCGUACACGAAUGCUUUUUCAAACAAUUUCAUCAGAACGUGGUUUAUGCAAUGUAAAAUCGAAGGUAGUUUGUCCGCAGUUGGUUUAGUAUGCUUGUUCGAGUUUUAAGAGAGUCAUUAAAACAUCAAAGUCUAAGUGUUAUUGCCGUUAAAAAGGAUAUUACUUUAAUGAUAUACAGACAAUAGACCACGGACUCCAACCGUUGUUGUUGUUGGUGCUGUUUUUUCUGUUGGUUGUUAAUCCACUGACUUUGGUUUUUUCACAGAUAUGCACAAUAGAUGGGAACGAUCAAACCUAGAACAGUAUGUUCUGUAUGAUAAGAAGAAGUGGAGAUACAGUGAUCAAGAUAAGGAUGGAAUGUUGAACAGACAGGAGUUCGAGUACUUUUAUCAUCCAAAAGAACAUGAAAUCAUGCUGCCUUAUAUAGCUGUGGUAGGUGAAUACGUAAAUCACAUUUUCAGCCUGUUCAACUUAUUUUCCUGUAACUCAUAAACAAGUUCAGACAACAGCAUGAUCUUCUGACUACGCUGCCCUCCGAAUGCGUACCUCUCAACGAAAAGAGCGUCAAUCGCAGCAUUUUCAUUAAAAAGUAAAUUUAGAAAUACAUAGGGGCAAUGCUAGCCUAAGAAAACAGCCGACAUUUCACGUCGCCACCACUGGUUACCCCGCGAAAUGACCGCUGCUUCUUAGCAGGCUCAGGGCAAUGUAUGACCCGCCACUGACUUUGUAUUUGAAAAGGCCAGGUAUACUUACCUUUCCUAAUAUCUAUCAUUUUCGUAAUUAAAUAAUAGCAGAGUAGCUUUCCCUCUUCCUCUUCUUCUUGCAAGUUUAUUUACCUCUGUUUCUUGCCGGGUGCCGACCUUGAAAACAUUGCCUGAUAUUGAUACUUUUCAAGGCAAAAAUUCCCACAUCCAAACGUUUUCCACCGGUUAGCCAAUUUUAUGAAAAACUGCACAAAUCCGAUAUUCAGCCGAAAGUAAGGGUUUUCCGACUUCCAUUCCAGUCCGGCUGCCAUUUUAGCUGAUAACCUGGCCUUUUAUAGCAAUCAACAAAAAUAACAACAAAACAGGUACUGCCGACGGACAUAAACACCCCGGUCCAGUCCAUGAAAACUCCCAUGAGGGCCUAGUCCUUGGACCCCUUCGUGGAAGGCACAUUUUCUGAUUUUAGGGGUAAGACAGUUCCUCGUAUUUACAGUUAGCAAACGAAACAGAAUUUUUAUACUGUAGGUGAAAACUACUUCAUUCAGUAUAAGGUAGAUACAUAAAUACAUAAAUAGAUUUGCCCAAAAGUGACUAAGAUGGGGUCUAUAAUUGGCCACAGAAUAAACUGAAAUGGGGUAGGGGCUCUGAGAGGCCAGCGGCACAUACCCAGCAAAAAUUAACCUAAGUACCCCCUCCCCCCCGGGGAGGCGUUGCAAGGCCAUAACAGGGCCACACUAGCCUCCAGUGCAGCUUUUUGUGUGUGAGAGUCAACGCAUUGCGUGACUAAGAGGAAGAAGUAACGUAUGAUCAAUGAGUACCCUCCCCAGGCUUCCCUUCCCAUGAUAGCCUGUCAGCAAACGUAUUGAUUAAUUCUCCUUUCGGAACAAGCACAAAAUGACCUGAAUAUUUUCAAACAUUGGGGUUGGACAGAUGUUUGACAAGCUUCAGGACAUAACCGUUAUAUGCAAGUCAUUUCGUGCUUGAUCCGUAAGCAGGAGUGAAUAAGUUUGCCAAAUGAAAAAACGUUUCCAUGGGCCAUAAGGAAAGCGUGGGAGGGUAGGCAACGCAACGGCACAAAAAAAAAAUGUCUGCGCAGGAGACGUCUUCCGCCCUACCACAAAUAUUGUUAUUCUUUCACCAGAUAAACCGAUCCAUGUACGAAAUUCAAGAAAAUUUGAAUGGGUGCAGUUAAUAUGUGAAGCCCAUAAGCCUGAUAAUAUAAACUGACAGCAGUUUCGUCCAUUAUUUUAAAGGUUCCUAGAAUUCAUUUAGACCUCUGGUAAAAUUCAUCUUCAAAAAUUAGGGGUGGUCCACAGGGGAAGUCCAUAGACCGGGUCCACAAAGGGGUCCAUUUCUGGGGGUCCACAUUUUGUAUGCGUGUACUGCGGACGGGACUGUGAACUAUGAUGAAACGCGGCCUGGACCUCCAUGUUUUUGCCUUGGCCGCUUAAGUGCCUUUACGCUGACGCAGAGUGCCGUCUAUUUUCUAGUAAUUCGGCUAGUUAUGCGGUGUGAUUCUGCGAAAAAUCUUAACUGUAUGAGAAUAUGAGCAACCUUUCUCUAAAUCUUUUUAACACCCUAAAAAAGUAGUGCUUACUUUAGAACAAAAGUUUGUUCAUUUACCAUUCUCGGAACUGGACCUAUCAGUCCUCACUUGACAUUUUAUUGCUGGUAGGAAUUAAUGGAUCAAUACGACAAGGACCAAGAUGGUCGCCUCUCCCUCAAAGAGUAUUUGGGUAAGUAAACGGACACAAUUUUAAUUAUUUAGAACACUCUCACUUCAGAGUUUCUUUGCCAUGACUGUGCUUCUGCACCUGUUGUUCACUUCGUAUCAAGAUAAACUAAUCAUGAAGUUAACUAUUACAUUGCAGCUUAUAUCAACAUGCCAGGGUCCUUUAAUUCGUUAUAUAUUACAGAAUUUAAUGAGCAGUAUGAUGCAGACCACGAUGGACACCUCAAUCUCGUAAGUAUGGCAAUUUAUAAAACCUUACGAGCAGAGACACUGAAAAGAUGAAUUACCACUGAAGAGAAGCCGAUAAUCGGAUUUUGGCCAAUACCAGUUUACUUUGUACAUGUGUAUACGAACAGUUAUACGAUACUAAGUAUUCCUCGAUAUCCUGUAUCGGGAGUUUGUAUACGAUAGUUAGUAUCGUAUACAAAGUAUAAUAUGAUCAGACGCCGUCACUGAUCGAUCGACGCAGUGCUUCACAUUCAAAUUCGGAUUGAGCAACAUAACAUCGUAAUUCUCAGCGCGCUUUCGGCUUGUCAGAACUGACAGCCCAGACUAUACCCGUCGUAAUGAGAAUUUAACUUUUAAUUAAAAGCAUCCAGCCAGAUCUGUCAAAUCCUAAAUGCAGUAGGAGACGGUUUUUCAGUAAAUACUCUUGGGAAAUGACUGGUCCAGUCAUAGUCCGGCCGGCCACUCAGUUCUUACUUUUGGAAUCAGUGUCUGUUAUAAUACACCUUGAAAAGGCUUUAGGAUGUGAUGUCACGAACAAAAGACAAAAAUAGGUCAAUAAAUAUUGAUCCCAAUAACAAACUUGUCCGCAGCCGAGUUACCAUGAGAAAUGAUCAUUUUUCUCCUUGAUAAACUCGUUGAAGAGAGUACAGGAAUGACUCAAGUUAAGUGAACGUUUACUCCAACAAUGUGGCGUAUGUGGUACUUGAAAUAACUCACGGUUUUUACUAUUUGCUUAAACAGCGAGCAAGAAAUUUCAUUCUUUACCAUCUUGGUGAUUUUAGAAACACAUAGCUUAACUACAAAGGCUGAUGAGAGCUUGAAUUUGUGUUAUUCCUUUUGCAGAAAGAAGUAGAGGUGUGGAGAAGACCAAAAAAUUUCAACAAAGCACUAGGAGAAGCUCAACAUUUAAUAGAAAACGCCGAUAUGAAUAAGGUAUUAAUACUGAUCUUUAUUGUGGCCAUUAAUUCGUGCAUGUUCUUCAGUCUCAUAAUAUUUACUAGCAUGACUUUCCUGAAAUGAAACAAACACCAUAUUUGCCAAUUUUGAUGCAUUGCAUUUGCUAGUGGAAUAAUGCUUUAAUUGGAAACCGUAUUUUCGCUUUUAGUUCUCGGCCUCGCUACAUCUCAGUACAAAUCAGAGCGGCUUUACGUCGGUUCAUUACAUAAGUAACUCCGACUGCGUCGAGAAAGUCCAACAAAAAAUGGAUUUAGAGGACAAAACAACAACGUUGUAUUUAUAUUUGGCGGCCGUCACUGGUAAAAUACGGCGCAUGCGCAAGAAUACGUAAUGUACAUGACUUUUUAUGGGGGACAGAGACAACAGCAGGACGACAAAUGUUUUCCUUGUGAACUUGAAGGCAGUUGACAGGCUAAGAAUCCUACUACAUGACAGGAGCGUAGCGUCCAUAUACGCUCAUAUACCCGCGCGAACAGCCGGGAUAACGGAUAAAUUUUUCACAUAAUAUUGGUGUCUUUUUGCGGGUAUUUCCUUUAUUCUUUUAUUACCCUUUUAUUAUAACACUAGAGGUGAGUCAAACAAAAAAACUAACUACUGCAUUUUAUUUAUUGAAAAUGACCAAAGGAAAACGCAGGAAAUGGUAUUUCCAAGACCCUAAAUUAAAACAUUUUCAGGUAGAAUAUGCCCCCAGACCACCCCCACCCCACUUUGGAGUGCCUUCCGUGAUCUAACUUUUCUUCCCAUGCGUACACUUUCAAAAUCAUACGCUACACCCCUGCUGCAGGGCAAUUUAGCUAUCUUUGACAAACUGAGUCUGAAACAACGGGUAUCAUCUUCAUUAUGUCUGACUUUUUCGCAAGCUUCGCCGUAAUGUGCGUUGUUCGUUUUGAAGCUAAAAUAUUUAGGUUGUUUGAAGCGACCACAACGGCAACAUCAAAGAGCAAUAUACAGGUCCAGUAAAGGAAAAAAAAAACAACUCUGCAUGUGCAUAACACUAUUUGAUUAAUUUUCUUCCUUUCACUGCUGGGAGGGUGGAGUUUUACGUAUAGGAAGAAAACAAACGAAGAUAAUUCGGAGUUUUUUUUACCUUCCUGAACUUGAAUGCGGCAGCUAAGCAGUAAACUCCGGAAAAAUAAAGAGCUUUAGAUUCUAAAGGACGACGACGAGUACGACGAUUUUCUUAAUACUAAGCAAGUAGUGCGCGCGUGCAAACCAACGUCAUUUUGGCGGGAAAAUGUGAUAGCAAUCGUCAUUCUACUACGAGUUUGAGUGAGUAUGUCGUAAUGGCGAAACCAAGUUAUCAAAUGUUAGGAAUUUUAUCAUUUAGCGAUCGGGAGAAAAUCGGAAAUAAGCGUGCUAACUUUGGUGGUGAGAAAAGUACAAUGAAUCUUUCCGGGGUGUCUAUUUUAAAGAAUAGGCUAAAAACUUAAAAUUAAAUUUCGUUCUCGUCCUCGAAACUAAAGCUCUCUAUUGUUGAGCUUGCAUUAGACAAAUUGAGCAAGGUACAUGUGCAAUAAUCGCGAUAAUUUUCUAGAGAACGAAUGCACUAAACAACUCAGUAAAGUGACGUUGCCGUGUCCGUCAUCCUCAUGGCUGAAACUGUCCAAUGAACCCAUGAUGUUUAAUUCAAACAAUUUUCCAAGGUGCAAAUUAAAAGGCACUGAGCAAUUUUUAAUCUCACUUUCUGUCUUAUACAGGAUGGAAAAUUGACAGCGGACGAGUUUGUGAUGAGCCACGAAUUCUUUGCUGGAAGCAUGGCAACUGAGUUUGGAAAAUCUUUCCAUGAUGAGUUCUGAAUCGCCGAAAAAGAGGAACCUUUUUGUAAAUAAUAAAACUGCGAAAAAGUAGAGCUUUAAAAGUGGAU